AUGCGCACUUCACGAGCAAGCAAUGACUACUUGGAUGACUAUUUUCGCAGUGCGAGCCGACCGAAGAAAGCGGGUGAGAAGAGGGAGGAGAUCUCUGCGUCGUUGAGCGGAACGAGCCGACGCGAAAGACUUACGAGAAGCUCUCUCGAUCGCGCGAAGUUGAAGACAGUCCCAGAAAGCACUCGCUCAGACGUUGUGACAAACAACCUUGAUUCGUCACACUCCAACCAGAACUCGGAUGGUCAAAGUCAGUCCAGCAAGGUCCCCACAAACGAAAUUCCUACAUCGGCGGCUAUGACUUGGAGCUCAGAUGAUUCUAUGGACGUCGAGGCGCACACUUCUAAUCUGAUUGUGGAAGAUCACAGAACGGCAAGCUCAACGGUACACAGCACAUCCAUGCUCAACAAGCUGGCACAUCCUAGUGAGGUCGGCGAUGUGAAGGGAUCCUCUCAAUGCAUGGGACAAGAGCCUUUGGGUAAAUGCGAUGCACUCCGAGAGCACGACGAGUACGAAAACUCUGAUUCAUCAAUGCCCGUGGAUCUCCAUCCGCGGCUAGGUGGGAACGUUGCAGCCACCAAGAGAAAACGAACUCAAAUUCAAAGUUAUCACGAGAGUUCAGACGAAGAAGAUGAUUCUAAGACCGACCAGUUACAGGCAUGCAAGCGCCGGAAACCGAUUGAAGUAUCUCCGAGAGAAACAGCGGUUGCAUUUUCGGAUGCAGUCAAUGGUGCCCCGGUCUCUCUUUGCGAUAUGUCCAAACUCAAAAUUUCAAAGAGUUCCAUGGGCACAGUUGAACCGGCAAAGGCUGAUCUUGUUGCAGUCGCAGAAAAAACAGAAUCAAAGAGUGCACGAACUGCGGGUUACGACAAAAAAGAAUGGCGGGCUGCCUCCAAACAACUCAAGAGCCACCAUCAGUCUGAAAACCGUUCGUUGGAAUAUUCGAAGCGAGAGAAUAGGCAACUCAACCGAUCACUUCGGAAGCAACUAAGGAUGAUCAAUCCCAAGAAUGACCUAUUCACAGCAAAUAGUCUGAAGCAGCGCAGGCAACCGGUAAAGUAUCGAAAGUCAAUCAUUCACGGCAUGGGCCUCUUCGCCCUCGCACCAAUUGAAGCCGGCGAGUUUGUAAUCGAGUACAUCGGUGAAAUUAUUCGCGGCUCAGUAGCAAACCUGCGCCAGGAAAAGUACACAAGACGGGGUAUGGGAGACUCCUACUUAUUCCGCCUGUCAAACGGUAUGGUACUGGAUGCCACGCACAAAGGAUGUAUUGCGAGGUUCAUUAACCAUUCGUGCGAUCCAAACAUCACCGCAAAGAUCAUAUCCAUUGAUGGUGAAGACAAGAUUGUCUUUUACAGCAAGAGAAACAUCAAGAAAGGAGAAGAGUUGACAUACGACUACAAGUUCGACUUUGAAGCCGAAGAUCUGAAAAUCCCAUGCCUUUGUAAGGCGUACAAUUGUAGAAAGUUUUUGAAUUAG